CUGUGGCGCAGUCGUGCGCGGGCGGGGCCGCGGACCGAGCAACGCGGAGGCACCGCAGCUCCUGCCCGGGCCUGGCCGGUGGGCGGCAGCGGGCCUGAGCGCCCCGGGGCGCGGCCCGACGGAAUGAAGGACCUGGACGCUAUCAAGCUCUUCGUGGGCCAGAUCCCGCGCCACCUGCACGAACAGGACCUCAAGCCGCUGUUCGAACAGUUCGGCCGCAUCUACGAGCUGACUGUGCUCAAGGACCCGCACACCGGCGUGCACAAAGGUUGUGCCUUCCUCACAUACUGUGCCAGGGACUCCGCCAUCAAAGCUCAGACGGCCUUGCAUGAGCAGAAGACCCUGCCAGGGAUGGCGCGGCCGAUCCAGGUGAAGCCAGCGGACAGUGAGAGCCGUGGAGGUAGGGACCGGAAGCUGUUCGUGGGCAUGCUCAACAAGCAGCAGUCAGAGGAGGACGUGCUCAGGCUCUUCCAGCCCUUUGGAGUCAUCGAUGAGUGCACAGUGCUGCGAGGACCUGAUGGGAGCAGCAAAGGCUGUGCCUUCGUGAAGUUUUCUUCCCACACAGAGGCCCAGGCGGCCAUCCAUGCUUUGCAUGGCAGCCAGACCAUGCCGGGAGCCUCCUCCAGCCUGGUGGUCAAGUUCGCUGAUACGGACAAAGAGCGGACACUGCGGCGCAUGCAGCAGAUGGUUGGCCAGCUGGGCAUUCUGACGCCAUCCCUCACCCUGCCCUUCAGCCCCUACAGUGCCUACGCCCAGGCUCUCAUGCAGCAACAGACAACAGUGUUGUCCACCUCCGGCAGCUACCUGAGCCCUGGCGUAGCAUUCCCUCCAUGCCACAUCCAGCAGAUUGGCGCCGUCAGCCUUAACGGUCUGCCUGCCACACCCAUCGCCCCAGCCUCUGGGCUACACUCACCCCCACUGCUAGGCACUGCCGCUGUUCCUGGCCUGGUGGCACCCAUUCCCAACGCCUUCCCAGGCGUCCUGCCCUUCCCUGGGAGCCACCCUGCCCUGGAGACUGUGUAUGCGAAUGGCCUCAUCCCUUACCCAGCUCAGAGCCCCACUGUGGCAGAGACCCUCCAUCCUGCCUUCUCCGGAGUCCAGCAGUACACAGCCAUGUACCCUACAGCGGCCAUCGCGCCUGUGGCGCACGGCGUCCCGCAGCCUCCUCACCUCUUGCAGCAGCAGCGUGAAGGUCCAGAAGGCUGUAACCUGUUUAUCUACCACCUCCCCCAGGAGUUUGGAGACACGGAGCUGACCCAGAUGUUCCUUCCCUUCGGCAAUAUCAUCUCCUCCAAGGUGUUUAUGGAUCGGGCUACCAACCAGAGCAAGUGUUUCGGAUUCGUGAGCUUUGACCACCCAGCCAGCGCGCAAGCGGCCAUCCAGGCCAUGAACGGCUUUCAGAUCGGUAUGAAGAGGCUGAAGGUGCAGCUGAAGAGACCCAAAGACCCAGGACACCCGUACUGACCACGCCCACAGCCCCUCAGUGCUGUGGGUCUGGCCCCAGGUGAGCCGCCAGGCGGCCCUGUGCCCUGCCCAGCCCUGGUAUCGUCUAACCCUCCUCCCAUCCCAAUCUUGCUCUCAAACUCUGGGGGCGGGAGUGAUGCUCCAAGAAGCCAACUGGGGAUAAAACCCUCCCCCAUCACCUUGCAGCU